AUGCGUUCAUUUUCAACCCUGGUCGUAAUUACAGCUACAGUUGUAAUGAAUGGAGGUGUGGAAUUUACGAGUGCUGUCAACGACACCCAAGGAACGACUUACUUGAUUCGAUCGCACACUGUGGAGGACACUCCACAGGAAGAAAGAAUGUUCAAGUUCAAUUUCAAUUUCUUAAAGAAAUCACCUUCACUUAAAAAACAAGUAAUGGAAGACCUUAAGACUAGAGCGGAAACGGAGAUGAACCAAUUGGUUCAAAUGACAACAGAUGAUGAUCAACUCCGAUAUAACUUUCUCCAUGCUAUGAUGAAAUAUGGCUUGACCUGGGAUGAUGAUAUCUCUAAGCAUCCAACAUUAUUUCAUUCGGCUGAUUUGAAGCGUUGGUUGAAUGAGAGAUCCCAACCAGGGAUUCGUCUCCAGUCUUCAAGUGCGGACUCUGAUCUGGCCAAAUUUAUUGGAAUAAUAAAAGGAAAACGAUCUGCAUUGGAUGACUUGGACUUACUGAUAAAUAAACGUAAACUUGCUUGA